UGUUGCUGGCGGUCAUAACUUCCUCGUCGGUGUGAAGAAAUCAACUCCAACUACUUUUCCUCCACUUUUCAGUGAUUUAAGAUGUCAGGCACGGUGGACGGUGAUUCUGUGGACGCAAAGUCAACUCAAAGCCCAGGGAAGCCCUCAGGCCCUACAGGGAAGUCACAGGUUGCUGCUAAGCCUCCAGCUGAUGUCUACCGUUACAACAUGAAUUAUCCGUCCGUGGGCCAGUGUGUCAUCAUCAACAACAAGAACUUUGACAAAAAGACGGGCAUGAACAUGCGGAAUGGGACUGAUGUGGAUGCAGGAAAUAUGAUGAAGGUCUUUAAACAGCUUGGCUAUGAAGUCAUCUUCAAAAAUGACCUCUCCGUAAGAGACAUCAAGACAUUAUUAUACAAUGUGUCCCAGGAGGACCACAGCAAGUCCGCCUCCCUUGUGUGUGUCCUGCUGAGCCAUGGGGAUGAUGGGGUGCUGUACGGGACCGAUGGCCCCGUGCCCCUCAAGGACCUCACCAGCCUCUUCAGGGGAGACCGGUGCCGCUCGCUGGCUGGGAAGCCAAAGCUCUUCUUCAUCCAGGCAUGUCGGGGCACAGACCUGGAUAGUGGCAUUGAGACAGACAGUGUGGCCGAAGAAGGAUCCACAGAGAGGAUACCCGUGGAGGCAGACUUCCUCUACGCAUACUCCACUGUACCAGGCUAUUACUCCUGGAGAAACACCUCAAAUGGGUCAUGGUUCAUUCAGUCUGUGUGUGACAUGCUUGCCAGGUUUGGCCGAGAGCUGGAACUCAUGCAGGUCAUGACACGGGUGAACCACAAAGUGGCGCUGGAGUUCGAGUCAUGUUCCAAUCUCCCGGAAUACAAUGCCAAGAAACAGAUUCCUUGCCUUGUGUCCAUGCUGACCAAAGAACUGUACUUCCCCUAGCGAUGUG